UCGUUGCUGUUCCCACGAUAUGCGAGUAAAUGACACAGACUGUAUUAAAUUAUUUUAUACCUUCACAUUACAUUUUGAAUUGGUCACCGGUCGUUCUCAAAUAAAGUUUGUUGAAAAUCCCUUCUUCUAACGAUAGUCCUUCCUGUUUGCAAAGAUGGAGGCAGAGGGAGUGUUGGUCCCGCUGUCACUGUCUGCUGAGUUUGAGGGGUCCUUUGCUUAUCUGACUGUGAGAGACAGACUCCCAACCAUACUCACAAAAGUGAUAGACACGUUACACCGCAAUAAAGACAAUUUCUUCAAAGAAUAUGGAAAGGAUGGGAUCCAGGCCGAGAAGACGGCCAUCUCCUUCCUGUCCAAACUGAGGAAUGAACUGCUCACAGACAAACCUGUGCUGCCUCUGACUGAUAAUGCGGAGGACUCAGAGGCCUGGAAUGAAUACAUGCGAAGACAGCAGGACCUGAUGGAAGACGGGAGGAUUGUCAGCUGGUUCAAGUCACCAUGGCUCUAUGUGGAGUGUUACAUGUACCGGAGGAUCCAAGAGGCUCUGUAUAUGAACCCACCGAUGGAUAAGUUUGACGUGUUUAAGGAGGGAAAGACGCAAAGCUUCUUUGAAUCUCAACAAGCCAUUAAAACCCUCUGUACAUACCUUCAGGACCUCAUCACUAACAUGGAGAACUUGACUGAGAUUCAGCUGCAAGACAACUUUCUCAAGUUACUCCAGGUCUCUCUGUGGGGAAACAAGUGUGAUCUGUCCAUCUCUGCCGGCCAGGACAACUCUCAAAAGUCCAGUCCCAUCGAUUCUCUUCCUGAUCUCCAGCGCUUCAUCCUAGUGGAUGACUCCAGCAUGGUUUGGUCAACGCUGGUUGCUGCUCAAGGAGUCGGAUCCUCUGGGAUGAAGCAUGCCAGAGUGGACAUUAUUUUAGACAAUGCUGGUUUUGAGCUCAUUAGCGAUCUAGUCCUUGCUGACUUUCUUGUCUCUGCCGGACUAGCCAAGCAAAUCCGAUUUCAUGGCAAGUCCAACCCGUGGUUCGUCUCAGACGUCACCAAACAAGACUUUGAGUGGACCAUCAUGCAGACCAUUGCAGCCAAUCACAAGUGGAUGUCAGCCAGCGGUGUCCAAUGGAAGCAUUUCAUGAAGGAGGGUACAUGGUCCUACCAUGACCACUUUUUUUGGACCUUGCCCCAUGAGUUCUGUGACAUGGCGGUGGAUGCAGCUGAUCUCUACAGCACUCUUCAGGGCUCUGAGCUGAUUCUCUUCAAAGGAGACCUUAACUACAGGAAGCUUACUGGAGAUAGGAAAUGGGAGCACACGGUUCCAUUUGAUCAAGCACUGAGGGGGUUCCAGCCUGCCCCUCUCUGCAGUCUCAGGACACUGAAGGCUGAUGUUCAGGUGGGCUUACAGCCAGGCCAGGCCGAGAAGCUCAGCUCUCAGGAUCCAGACUGGAUGACUAAUGGCAGUUAUGCAGUGGUACAGUUUUCCAGGCCAUGCAGAGAACCAUAGGGUCAAUUU